AUGACGAGAAAGAUUUCUGAUUUUUUCUUUAAAAAACCAUCCAAAAAGGACCUAAAAGCUGCAAAUUUAGACACAACAGCGGAUCUAGAUCCAAAAAUUAACGGAACUAUGAAGAAAAUAAAAUUUAAAAUUGAAGUUGAAAGUGAUAAAAAUUCAAAUUAUAGCCAAAGUUUAGUAAAAUCAAGUGAAAAUUCGACAGAAGUUGGAAAUCAGAAAUCAAUAAGUGAAAUUGAGUUGGAACCUCAAAGUGACUUAUCAACAAACAAUGAAGAUCAAGAAAAUGUCAAAACAGAACCAGAACAUCAACUUACAUUGAUUUUACCGCCACAAAAAUCUCAAAAUCAUCCAAUCCAAACCAAAACAAAAGAAAAUGACUCAAAAACCAGCAAAUUUCAAUGCAAAAUCUGUCAAAUGUAUUUGAAAACUUUCAACUAUCUUUCCAAGCAUCAAAAAACACACGACAAAAAAUUCCAAUGCACAAUUUGCGACAAGAAGUUUCCAGUUAAAUAUUUAAUGCUUAAACAUGUCAAGAAUGUCCACGAGAAUCCAAAAAGCUUCAAAUGUGAGAUCUGCAAUGCUGGAUUCAAUCAAAAAGUAAGUUUAAAUAAACAUCAAAUACUUCACAUAAAAAAUCGUCCAAAGCCAUUCAAAUGCGACAAGUGUGGCUAUGCAACUGACUGCAAAUAUAGUUUGAAAGAACAUUUAAAGACUCACGAUAGGAAAGUCGACAGAUGUGAAAAGUGCAACAAAGUUUUAUUAUUUAAAACCAAAAUUCAUGAAUGUCGAUUAGAUUGUAAGUUUUGUGGGAAAGUUUUUAAUGAUUCUGCGUCGACAUCCGUUCAUGUCAAAAAAGUGCAUGCACAAGAACUGUCUACAUCCAUUUAUAGAUGUGACAUUUGUGGCGGAAAGUUUUACCACAAGCAUGCAUUAAAAUUUCACAUGAACAAAUAUCAUUCAGACGGUAAACUUCAUUUAUUCAUAUGCGAUUUUGAUGGAAAAAGCUUUAAAAAGAAAUGUCUACUUAAGGAGCACAUGAGCUAUCAUCUUUCAAUGGUUAAAUGUGACUUUUGUCAUAAGAAAGUUUAUCAAAAUAAUUUAAAAAGACACAUCAAAAAAGUUCAUCUUAAAAUUAAGAAUGUUAAAAAAGUUCAGCAAAAUACUGUAAAGCAUGAAAUGCUCGAAUGUCCAAUAUGCUUAAAAGUUUUCUCAACUAAAUCAAGUCUAAAUGUUCAUAUCAGUAACCACAAUAAGUUAAAUAAAUGCAAUUAUUGUGAAAAAAAAUUUGGAACUAAGUCAAAACUGAAUUGUCAUAUUAAGAAUCAGCAUGAAAAUCCCAAAAGUCAUGUUUGUAAUAUUUGCAGCAAAGCAUUCAAUAUAGCUACAACCUUAAGGCUUCAUUUGAAAACUCAUGAUCCAAAUCGUGAAAAAAAAUUCAAAUGUUCACUUUGUGACUAUUCAAAUGAUUUUAAGAACAGAUUUGAAAAACAUUUGAAUUUUCAUAAGAAGAAGGAGGCUAAUAUUGCAGCUAUUAAAGAUCCUCACAAAUGCCCUCAAUGUCCAGCUGUCUUGAGAAGUCAACGGAUUUUAAAUCGACACUUAAUUGUAGUUCAUCCGAAAGUAAUCGUUGAAUGUGACAUUUGUGGGAAGCAAAUGAAGACUAAGUUUCAGUUUUUGACGCACAUCCAGAGCGUUCACAAAUUUGGACGCUGA